UUUGAAAAAAAUCCAGUCAGAAUUUGGUUGUUAAUUUAGUGGGCUUCCCCCCCGUUGCUUUCAGUUCCUUGUGGCUUUCAUCAGCCUUAAAGGUAAAAAUCUCACUGAAGUCUGUCACUGAUAUUUGUGAAACAGCUUGCAGCUUCCUGAAAUACGGUUUGCGUCAAGAUGUCGGACCCUGAGACCCCAACCCAGCCCCUCAUUGGAGGUCAGGCAGUAAUCGGCGUGCCAUCACCACAGAGUGGCCGCUCCUCCCGGGCCUAUAAGGUGGCAGGUUUCACCCUGUUGGCCUGUGUCCUGAUUGCUGGCCAGGCCAUGAUUGCCUACUUCCUCCUCAGCCAGAGAAGUGACAUCAAGUCUCUUGAGGAGCAGAGCAACAACCUGAAGGCCGAGCUGUCAAGGGGGAGAUCUGUGUCUGUGCCCAUGCAGAUGCACUUGCCCAUGAACGCCUUGCCUGAGGUGAUGGAUGACACUGUGGAUGAGGAGGCUUCCAGUACCCAAGCCGCCCGACAGGCCACUGAGUGCCAGCUCGAGGCCGCAGGUGUGAAGGCCGUGCAGGUGCCAGGUUUCCGCCCUUCCUGCGAUGAGCGUGGCUUCUACAAGGCCCAGCAGUGCCACAUGGAUCACUGCUGGUGUGUGAACCCAGUCAAUGGGAUCCAGGUCCCUGGAUCCUUGCGCUCUGGACCGGCCAGUUGCAGUACAACUGUCCGUGCUGGCGGCAUGAGCAAAGUGUUGGCUCUGCCCGACAUUGAAGCCUAAUACUGUGCUGAAGCUGAUGAAAUAUCCUCAAGAGACCAGCAGCUGAUCAUGUCCCAAUUGUGACUUUGCUACAGCUUUUUCAACUCAUAAUCACCAUUUUAUCUGUGGUACUUGAUAAGCUAAUGGGGUUUCAUAAACUGCUGAAAAGUUACCAAAUUAUAACCAUUUCUCUGCUUGCUAUCAUCCUAUCAGUAUAGUGUGACGCAGUCUUCGGUUUUUUUGUAUGGCUAGUAAAAGUUAAGGAUUUCUUUUCUUUGGUGUCCUUAAAUGUUACUCAAAUUCUGUCCCAUGUCAGUUUGCUAAAAAGGACCAAGGGGCAAUUCAAUGAAGUGUGGGCACACUGUAAUUAUUUUAAUUAUUCAUAUAUUUAUUUCUGUGAAGAGUGGAUAUUGGCCAAUUAAAACAUGAUUCAUUCUCCGCCCCUUGAAUUUAGAACAAGAAAAUUGAGGUCAACAAUGUGGUCACUUAAAUGUUUAGCUUGUAUCCUUCCAGUCUUUCCGCAGUGAAGGGAAACUGUGAUUAAAAAAUACUGACACGUAAUUGGGAACAAUCAGGAAACAAGAAUACUUCAGUUAUGAGACAAUUGUAAACUGUAUUUUCCACUUUUAUUUGAUCAACCCAAAUAAACCUCUUAAAGACA